GCUCGACCUCACCUAUCUCUCCUCCUCGCAGCCCGCGCGAUGUCCGUGCGCUCUAAGGCCGAGUACUACAAGAAGCUUGCUGCGGAGACGCGCGAGGCGCAGCGCAAGAAGGAUGCCGAGAUGAGCCGCGGCAGCUCGAGCAGCGUCGGCGACGCGGCGCAGUCGCCCAGCAAGCCGCUAAAGUCUCCGAAGCAGUGGCCGCCUCCGCCCCGGCCUUCGCUCGAUGAGGAGCCGCAGCCGCCGGCGGAUCCGCCAGCGGCCGCGCAGCCGGAUCCGACUCCGACGCCCGACCAGCCGCCGACGACACCGCCGCUUUCGCGCGGCGGGCACAGCCUAGACGAGGGUGCGUGGGACGCGACGCCGGCGUCGACGGCGCUCGGCGAGUCUGGCUCGGCCGCGCUGCGGCGGGCGGCGUCGGGCCGCGCAAAGGCGCGCCAGCCUCCUCCCGCGCGGCACGACGACGACCUGGACAGCCUCGACGGCGGAGGCGGGAGCAGCGAGCCCGAGGACGGUGCGCUGGUGGACCCGAUGAGCACGCGUGCGGCGGAGGAGGAGGCGGAGGAGGGCAGCGCCGCGCCUGAGCCGGCCGUGCCUGAGGCCAAGCCGCCGCCGCCAGCCAAGCCUGCGGCCGUCCUCUCGCCGCGCGAAGAGCGGCGCAUGAAGCGGCUGCAGUCGCUCGAGCGAGACCAGAGCGGCAGCGAGGCGAAGGCGAUGAUCGCCGCGGCGCCUCCGCCCCCGCCGGCGGCGGAGGCGGAGGAGGACAGCCACCUCUUCCAGCACGAGCUGCUCGAAAAGUACCGCACGCAGGCGAGAGCGGCGGAGAGGCAGCUCGCCGAGGAGGGGCAGCGGCAGCUCGCCGCGGCGAUUCGUCGCACCGCCGCAGACGAGCUCGACGAGCUGCGCGGCAGCAACGAGGAGCUGCAGCGCAGUCUGCGCACGAGCGAGGACCGGGCGAGCCAGAGCGCGGAGCAGGCGAGCCAGAGCGCCGAGCUCGCCACGCAGCUCAAGGAGGCGGACGACCUGCAGCGCAAGUUCAACCAGCGAGCCGCGGCUCUCGAGGCGGCGGACGCCGAGCGCGCCGACGAGAUCUCCGCGCUCAAGGCAUCGCUCGCGCGCUCGCAGGCGGCGGCCGAGGCGGCGCAGAUGCUUGCAGAGAGGGAGGGCGAGGCGCGGCAGGCGGCCGAGGCAGCGGCGGCCGAGAUGCGGUUCCAAAAGCUGCUCUCCAUCAAUUCAUCGAUGAGUCGAUUCAUCGACAAUUGUUUGAAUGCCAGGUUCCAGAUCGCAGAGGAGGCUGCGGCGCGCGCCGCGGCGGAGGAGGCGGCGGCGGUCGCGCAGGAGGAGCUGCUCGACGAGGAGCUGCUCGACGUGCAGGGCGAGCUCGCGGAGCGCGAGGCCGCACUCGCGGCGGCGGAGGAGGCGCUAGCUGUGCUCGCACCCGACGUUGUCAAGAUGGCCAACCACAGCGGAGGCGGCGAGGCGCGCGCGGAGAGCAGCGGCGAGGCGCUCGCGGAGAUCGCUCUCACUCCGCGCGUCUCGAAGCCGCCGCGCAAGCGGGCGGUGCCGGCCGCCGUCAAGAAGAGUACCGCCGAGAGCAGCGCGCGGGCGGUGUUCUCCCCGCCGGGUGUGGUGUCCAGCUCGCCGUCAGCGUCGCCGUCGGCAUCGCCCGCGGCAUCGCCCACGUCCGAGGGGUCGUCCUCGGACAAGCCGAUCGUGGAGCGCGUUGCGGAGCUCGUCAUCGAGAGCGCGACGGGCGAGUCGGUGCUCACCAACCCGACCGAGCUCGCCGCGGCGACGACGACGACGGUGCAGUCCUUCUUCGACUACGUGGAGGAGCGUGCCAGCCUCAACAACAUCUCCGACGCGCUCAAAAGCAUCGGCCUGCACGUGGUGCGCGCUCCCACCCGGGACUCGCUCAAACGCGCAGAGACGGACCCACGCAGUGGCAAGAUCACCUUCGUCCCUACUCUCGGUAAUGGGUCGAACUGGUGCUGGGGGAUUCUCAUCUCGGUUGUGCACUGCUACAUCAUGCCAGCCGCCAUCGCCGUGCAUCUUGGCUGCACGGUCCUCUUCUUCGAGCAGCAGCGGCGCGUCGUUCACGCCGACCCGCUUUGCUCCUCCAUCGCCGCCCUGACCGAGUACGAGGAGAUGCACUCUGCUGGCGAGCUUGUUGGCCCUAACCCGGUCUUCUCCUUUGGAGGCGUUGGAAAGUAUGCGGCGGCGGGUGCUACUGGCGAGGGGGGGGGCGGGGCGACGACAGGUGUAGGGGUUUGUCAAACGGCCGCGACAAUUGCGCAGGCGGACGCUGCCGUCACGACGUGCUGGAUCGCGCUGGCAAUCUGGGGCACAGCCCUGGCGUAUUACGUUUGGCGAGAGCUGACGCGCAAGGCAGACGCGUACGUCCACGCCACCGCUGACAACCUGCUCGCGCGCUUCGUCGACGUAUUUACGGUGCUCGCCGAGGCACACCGCAACCCCUUCCGCCGCGACGGCGAAGGCUCGCUCUACAUGCCACCACUCCCGCGCUGGGUGCUCGAGAGCCUUGGCUCCGCCGUGUCCGACGAGGCGGCCGCCAUCUACAACCCCUCCACCUCCAUCCGUCGCUCUAUGAAGGGCGCGCCAUCGCGUGGGCCGCGCCGGCCGCGGCGAGGGCCCAGCCGCGAGAGGCAGAAGGGGGGCUAUAGUACGUUGGUGUAG